AUGAGUAACCACGCCGCUCCCAAAUACGAAUUCAAAUGGUCCGACCCCAAGGAGAUGAAGCGCCGGUAAGAGGUUAUGACAACAUCAAGCUGUUAGGAACUGUUUUCUUUUUGUAAACAUCUGAUUGUUGUUUUUGCUGCAAUUUGAGACUGAAAGUGACUUUAAAUUAGAUUCCUUCCGAAAUUCACGUUUCUUUUUAUUGAUUCGGAAUUAUUUUGCGUUAGUCAUACAGGGAUUAUCCAUUACUUCAAUAAAACUGUUUUUAUGUGAUGCCAAAUUUAUGAUGGGUGGGUUUUUUGUUUAAGCCCUCAAAACCCGCCACAAGACAGCCUCUUUUGAUAUUACUUUCCCUAAAAUUAAAAACGGAAAUAAUUCAUUUUACGCUGACAUUAAGCAUACGUUCAAGAUAUAACCCUUGAAUUAUAUACUUUUAAUUUGUACCUUGGACGAAAACCUUAAAUUCUUAUCCACGAAAAAUCUCUCAUAAUUUUGUGCGUUCUCUAGUUUUUCUCUAAUGCCGACGGCAAUCAGACAAAAAAAGGGAUCACAUAAAACUAUGAGAAUUUUUUCGUGGACACGAAUUUAAGGUUUUCGUCCAAGGUACAAAUUAAAAGUAUAUAAUUCAAGGGUUAUAUUACAGAACUGUCUGUAUCUUUACCAUGUAAAAUUCACUCUUUAAAUUGCUAUCUAAAAUUAAGAUCUCAUUAAGAACCCAACUUUUUGCAGAUGGGAAGCCUUUGCCAAGUUCGGAGCCGCCACAAACACCGAAAUGACAGGCAAAAACUUUGACAAAUGGCUAAAAGACGCCGGUGUCAUCGACGGUAAAAGUGUAACCACAAUCAUGACAGGCAUCGCGUUCAGUAAAGUGGCAGGGUAAGAUAAAGAUUAAAAUUCAAAUAUGAAUUCAGACCUAAGAAAAAGACCAAUUUCCCAGAAACAAAGGCUGUGUUGGUUAAUGUCGCUGCAGACAAAGCUCGGAAUUCGAAAAAAGAAGUUCAGGUAACCUAUAAUACGAUUACUAUAUUGUUCUUAGGACGAGCUUGACGAGAUCAUCGAGAAGCUGAACAACCUUGAAGCACCAGUCAUAAAGAACGCUGCCAAACCCAAUGCCGACGGUGUAUACAACAGACUAACCGAUCAUACCAAGUACACAGGAUCUCACAAAGAGCGCUUUGAUUCGACCGGUAAAGGAAAGGGAAAAGCCGGCCGAGUAGACCUUGUCGAGAACACUGGCUACGUGACCUCGUACAAGAACCACGGAGCCUAUGAAAAAUUGCACAAAGACCAGUAA